AUGGCGCCCGCCCAACCUGAGCUGAAGAAGUAUCUCGACAAGCGGCUGUUUGUCCAGCUCAACGGCAGCCGAAAAGUCAUCGGCGUGCUCCGCGGAUACGAUGUCUUCCUGAACAUUGUGCUGGACGAGGCAGUCGAGGAGAAGGACGGCGGAGAGAAGAUUAGGCUCGGCAUGGUUGUCAUCCGCGGCAACUCUGUGGUCAUGCUCGAAGCUCUCGAGAGGAUCGGCGGCGACGACAGGCAAAACCGAUGAAACAUGUCCCUUUGAACCACAGAGAACGACCAGCAAAGCUCUGCGGAAUGGAAGAUCAAAUAUGGGAAAAUAUAUACCUGAAAUCAAUGUUUUUCGUUUGGCGUUUACGGAGACCGACGACGAAAGGGAGGAGGGCGAUCACACGGGAUUAUCUGAUGCGCAGGAAAAAAACGUCUUGUCCAUUGUUGCUAGACUGUUUUUGGCACUUUGUUCUU